CGGAGCGAAGACGUCGGGUCUCAGUCUGCUCUGAUAUUGCACACACAGCUCAUUUGAUAGUCCAUCUGUGUGACAUGGAGGCUAUAGCCAGGUAUGACUUUGACGCCACAGCCCAUGAUGAACUCAGCUUCAGAAGGGGAGACCUCUUGAUCAUCAUGGGAACAAAAGACGACUGGUACAGAGCAGAACUCAAUGGAGACGAGGGUUACGUCCCCAAAAACUUCAUCAACAUUCACCUGCCCAGCUGGUACCAGGAGAGCGCCAGCCGUAGUGACGCCCAGGAGAGGCUGAAGGCCCAGCCUGUGGGGGCCUUCCUCAUCCGGGGCAGCCAAACUGGGGCACCGGGAGACUUCUCCAUCUCUGUCAGACACGAAACGGACGUGCAGCACUUCAGGGUGAUGCGGGACAGCAGGGGGCAGUAUUACCUCUGGACAGAGAAGUUCCCGUCUCUCAACCAGCUGGUGUCCUACUACAAGAGGAACUCCAUCUCCAGACAAAGCCAAAUCUUCCUGCAGGUGACGGGGCAACAGCAACGAGGAGCCAGAGACAGUUUACCACCUCUUCCUGGUCCACACCCCCUGGCGAGCCCUGCACCAGCACAGCAUGCCCCCCUCCACUUCCAGCACACAGCCACGCCCACGGUGCAGGUCAGAGCUCUGUACAGUUUUCGUGCCGAGGAGAGAGAUGAGCUGGACUUCAGCGCCGGCGACAUCAUCGAGGUCCUGGAAAAAUCCGACCCGGCCUGGUGGAGAGGCCAGCUGAGGGGCAAAACGGGCCUCUUCCCCUCCAACUACACCACGCUCAUCUAAGAGGAACACACACACAGGCACGCUUAGCCACAGCUCUUACCCAAAGCUAAUCUGUCUAAACCAAAGACACAGGCCCGUGGAGAACUGGGAACCAGCAAGAUGACCUCAUUUUGGAGGAUUUUCCACAGCUAGUGACACAUCUGGUCCUCAUAAGGAUAGAAGCACAGGAGCACACACACACACACACAUACAGCAUUUUCACACACAAAAAAUUGUUCAAGAAUGAAGAAAGACUGGCUGGGUGAUGGACAAACAUGUAGGAUAGGACUCAGUUACGGUCAUUAGGAAUGUCCUCAGUAUUCUGUGUGUAAAAGUUUCACUCCAAGUUGAGAUAAGUGACACCUACCUUUAAAAAUAAUUAACACCAAGUAAAACAGCUAAGGGGUAAUGGAAUGACCCGCAUCUAUUUAUUUUACUGUAUUUGGUGAGAGGAGUUGAAUCUUCUCUGUACUGAUUAUGGA